UCCUCUCGCUAUUCAAGGGGCGUCACUGUUGAUUGUUAUUGUUGUGAGUUUUUGUGCAUGUUACAACUUGUAAUUUUAUUUGUUUCCUCGAUAGAAGAAGCUACUUUUGGAAACAGAGGGUUUAUGGGAAAUAAAGCCACAUCUGUGGCAAGAUUUUCAUCUGCUAUGAAGCCCAAGUGCCAUAUAAAAGCACGGUGUGAGAUUUACCCCCGGAGUGAAGUGAAGCGGUUUCCUGUUCCUGAUGAGAAGGUCCCAUGGACAGUGAGUUUUCCUGAUUAUAAACCGGUGGAUUACACAGCACCGUCAAUCUUAAAACGACCUGUCUAUGCUGACCCUGAUAUAAGAAAUGAGAAAGUAGAUCCUCCACUGAAUUUCAAUGGCUGUGAUGGUAAAAUUAACAGAGUCAGUCAUAUGGGAAAAUAUGAAGUCAUAAAUGGUGUGCCAAGGAAUCCCCGGGGUAGAACUGGAGUCAUAGGAAGGGGACAGCUGGGGAGAUGGGGACCCAAUCAUGCAGCUGACCCCAUUGUCACAAGAUGGAAGAGAGAUGAUUCAGGGAAGGCUAUACAGGGACCUGAUUCAAAACCUGUCCUUCAGUUUGUGUCUGUUCAGCGGAGGGACAACCACCAAUGGGCCAUUCCAGGGGGAAUGGUGGAUGCUGGUGAAGUUGUCACAGCAACAGUGAGACGAGAAUUUGGAGAGGAAGCCCUCAAUUCAAUGGAAAUGUCUCCAGCAGAAAAACAGAGGGUAGAGAAAGAAUUAGAUGAACUUUUUUCCACAGGGCGAGAGGUUUACCGAGGUUAUGUGGAUGACCCCAGAAACACAGAUAAUGCCUGGAUGGAGACAGUAGCAAUGAAUUUCCAUGAUGAAGAUAGCUCAUGUUUAGGAAAAAUUCAAUUGUGUGCAGGUGAUGAUGCAAUGAAUGUGCAGUGGAUGGACUUAAGUGGUAAACUAGACCUCUAUGCAAGUCAUAUAGAAUUUCUGGCUGAGGUAGCCAACAGUCACAAUGCUAGCUGGUGACAUUACGCUGUAUUAAAUUCAUAUCAUCCUUAAAAUGUAAGCAGUUUCCAUGUAAACUCAUACCAAAGUAUAGGAACUUCUACAGUAGAAAAACAAAUGUAAGAAUCAGCAGUUCCCAUGUAAUCAUUUACCAAAGCUAUAACAUAGACAUAUAUAUUACACAAUACUCUGCUUAUUUACUUCAUGAUUUUAUGAUUAUAAUGAUUUAUGCAAAAACUUUCUUAUUUAAAAAUCAAAUUGCAUUGCUCUAGGCUAUGUUUUCUAUGAGUUGUGUUUAUUUUUUAAUUUUGUUUGAAAGUGAAAUAUCUGAUGUGAGAUUAAUAUCAAAUGAAAUUUUACAAAUGCUUGUACAUGUGUAUAUAUGUAAGGAAUACUUUUAUUACUGGUACAUAGUCAUUUCAUAUGAAAUCAGAUUGUACAUCAGCAAAAAUGAUUAGAUAUUAUACU